AUUGGUGGCUUUGGAUUCAUUUACGAUCAUCCCUCAGAUUCUUUGUCCACUAAAUUACACAGAUAUUAUUAUGGAGUUCAAUUCCCAAAUACAUCACUGCUUUGCCUGUCUUUCUCAACUAAAUCACAAUUGCUUCUUCUUCUCUUCGCAUUUGAUCUUCAUCUACAUCUUCACCAGUUUUAAGGGUUUAGUAUCCUUUCUUGCAUCUGUUUGAAGGAAGCUGUAUAAUGGUUCAGUCAUGUUGACGGUAUAUGCUCCGGGAGCUAACAAGAAAUUUCUGGCAUGUCUAGACUCUAUUUCGCUGCUUGAGAAUUCUCAUGCUAAUUCUCUUAGUUCUCUAAAGAGUUCUUGCAACAGCACUCUACACAAUCCCUCAUCUUUUAAAAGGUGUGGUCAAUUAUAUACUCCUUGUGUUUUGAGCCGUUUCACUUCCAGAAGAUGGCUAUGCUGCUCGGAUAGUUCCCCAUCUCCUUCAGAUGAUGAAUAUCGCUCUUCACGCAACAUAGCUAUCAGUUUGUUUAGGCGAUAUCGGAAUUUUGUUGACCGAGGAGGCAGUGACAACCUAAAGGAUUUCAUUAGUGCUGGGGUGAAUGCAUAUGCACUUGGUUGUACUGAUGAAGGUUUAAGAAAGGAACUUAUUGAUAUGAAGAAAUCUGGUCUUCAAAUUGAAAUAAUGCAGAGUUGUGGUGGAAUCACUGGUUUAAAAUCCAAAAUUAUCUCAGAGGAGAUUGAAGAAUGCAUUCUGUGGCUAAGCAUUGUAUUCAUCACCAUCUUGUGUACACCACAACCAACUGUAGUUAGAUGGUCAUCUACACCUCCGGUGUCAGAUGAAGUAAGGCUACAGUGGAAAGGCUUCUGUGCUCUCAUUGCCAAUGCAUAUUAUGUGCGAGGCAUGGCAUGGCUGCCUGUAAACACCCUACAACUUGAGCAAAUGGCAGUGGUGGGAAGAGCGGAGGAACCUUCAGUUGUUGCUAGCCGAAUGCUUCUAGUGUUCAGCACACUUGAGGUAGUUAGUCCACAAUGGCCUAAAGUAUAGACAUGCAGAGAUCGUGAAUCAGAUUUACUCGACCUUUUCUCUGGUUCAAUUUGUAGCAAAUUUGCAAAUUAUUCUUAAGAGCCAUUUUUUCCUUUCAAAUGAUAUUUAUUGUCACAGUUCAUACAUGUCACGAUAUUCCCAUCGGAAUAGAAUACAGCUCUUAUAAAUUAUUACCAUAUCUACUACCCCAUUAUCAGA